AAGCUGUGUGUCUUUGGUCGCCAUUCCAGGUGCUGGGCCUGUCCCAGGGCAGUGUCAGCGACAUGCUGUCCCGGCCGAAGCCAUGGAGCAAGCUGACCCAAAAAGGCCGCGAACCCUUCAUCCGGAUGCAGCUCUGGCUGAACGGCGAGCUGGGCCAGGGCGUCCUGCCUGUCCAAGGACAGCAGCAGGGGCCAGUCCUGCACUCCAUGACGUCACUCCAGGACCCCCUGCAGCAGGGCUGCGUGAGCUCAGAAAGCACUCCAAAGACCUCUGCCAGCUGCAGCCCUGCACCCGAAUCACCGAUGAGCUCUAGCGAAUCAGUGAAGAGUUUGACUGAACUGGUCCAGCAGCCCUGUCCCCCCAUUGAAACAAGUAAGGACGGCAAACCGCCAGAACCCAGCGACCCGGCCGCUUCAGACUCCCAGCCCACCACCCCACUGCCUCUCUCCGGACACUCGGCUCUCAGCAUUCAAGAGCUGGUGGCCAUGUCUCCAGAGCUGGACACCUACGGCAUAACCAAGAGGGUCAAGGAGGUGCUGACCGACAACAACCUGGGUCAGCGCUUGUUUGGGGAGACCAUCCUAGGGCUCACCCAAGGCUCCGUCUCCGACCUCCUAGCUCGCCCAAAGCCCUGGCACAAGCUCAGUCUGAAGGGGCGGGAGCCCUUUGUCCGGAUGCAGCUGUGGCUGAAUGACCCCAACAACGUGGAGAAGCUGAUGGACAUGAAACGGAUGGAAAAGAAAGCCUACAUGAAGCGGCGGCACAGCUCGGUCAGCGACAGCCAGCCCUGCGAGCCCCCCUCCACUGGCAUCGACUACAGCCAGGGCGCCAGCCCCCAGCCCCAGCACCAGCUGAAGAAACCCCGAGUGGUGCUGGCUCCCGAAGAGAAGGAAGCUCUGAAACGAGCAUAUCAGCAAAAGCCAUACCCGUCACCAAAAACCAUCGAAGAACUCGCCACCCAGCUCAACUUGAAAACCAGCACUGUCAUCAACUGGUUCCACAAUUACAGGUCUCGGAUCCGCAGAGAACUGUUUAUUGAGGAGAUUCAGGCCGGGAGCCAGGGCCAGGCCGGGGCCAGCGACUCGCCGUCGGCCCGGAGCGGCCGGGCAGCGCCCAGCUCGGAGGGCGACAGCUGCGACGGCGUGGAGGCCGCCGAGGGCCCGGGCGCCGCGGAUGCCGAAGAGUCGGGCGGCCCCGCGGCCGCCGCCAAGUCUCAGGGAGGGCCGGCCGAGGCGGCCGCGGCCCCGGAGGAGCGGGAGGAGGCGCCGCGGCCGGCGGAGAAGGCGGAGCCGCCGCCCUCGGGGACCCCGGCCCCUGACGCCGCCACCGACGAGAGCCGGCCCCGGGCGCCGCCGCCGCCGCCGCCGCCGCCCGAGGGCCCCGCGGACGGCCCGGGGCCCGUGCCAAACCCCGCCGCCGCCGCGCCCGCGGCCGGGGAGGACGCCGCUACCUCAGCCGCCCCGCCGGGGGAGGGCCCGUGCAGGGCCCGGGACGGCGCCGACAGGAGUUCCGCUUUGCCAAGCACCAGCGCGCCCGCGGCCGCCCGCAGGCCCAGCUCGCUGCAGAGCCUCUUCGGCCUCCCAGAGGCGGCCGGCGCCAGGGACUCGCGAGACAACCCCUUGAGGAAGAAGAAGGCCGCGAACUUGAACAGCAUAAUCCACCGCCUGGAGAAGGCCGCCAGCCGGGAGGAGCCCAUCGAAUGGGAGUUCUGAGAGGGCGCCGCCCGCCCGUCCCGCCGAGCCGGGCCGAGUCUGGCCGAGCCGGGCCGCACCUGACCGGGCAGGGCCGAGUCGGGCCGAGCUGGGCCGAGUCGAGCCGAGCUGGGCCGAGUCGAGCCGAGUCUGGCCGAGCCGGGCCGAACCGGGCCGGGCAGGAGGGGGGGGCGCCGAC